AUGGCGGCCCCUUCCGCGCACCACACCCUGGCCCACCUCCAGUCCUCCGGGCUCCUUCCGGCCCAGAUCGGGCUGUCCCGGCAGCCGCGCCUGCGGCCGCACCUUCGCCACCUGCGCGGGCUGAUCUACCCCCUGCCGUACUACGCGAUGUGGCGGGGGAACCACAACGCCUACCAGUACAACCUCGCCACCCCCGCCUCCUGGGGGGAGGGCCAGACCGCGGCCUCCUACCACCAGCACUUCGCCCACGCCAAGUGCCCGACCGAUUACGGCCGCGGCGGCCGCGAGUUCGCCUAUUUGGCGGUCCGCCAGGGCCGACUUCGGCAAAAGGCGCUGCCCCGGGUGCGGUAUAUCGCGCCGGACUCCACCCCGCGCUGGGUUUUCAAGUCCUGGCAUCAGCCCCUCGCCUCGCCCACGAUGUGGGAGCGGGAGCUGCAGUACCCCGAGCAUACCCCGGCCCACCUCGGCGCGACGCGGCCCCUGGCGGUGAUGGCCCCGCGGGCCCUCCACCGCCAUUUGGUCUUAAUGCACAUGGCCCGCAUUAACGUCACGGUCUCGCCCUUUUUGUUCGGCUUCGGCCAGACGCUUCAGACGGCGGUGUUGGAUUUUUACCGGCGCGCCCUCAGCGCCCGCGCUCCCUUUCCCAACGACAAGAUCUUCCUCUAUUACGCGGUGGAUCUCAUCACGCCGCGGAUUGAGGUGGUUUGGCUCGACGGGGAGGUCUAUGUGCCCCCCAUUAUGGAGGGCGUGGGGGCGAGCGAUCUCAUUCAGAUGGUCAUGGAGCAGGCCUGGCUGGCCGGCGACCGCAUGAGCGCCGCGGGCUUCCCACUCAACCCAAUCGCCAUCGACGAUUAUAAAUGGGAGGAGCUGAUUGUGUUUAAAAAGAAGCGAGCGAAGGAGGCCGCGAAAGGCUCCGGUGGAUCAGGGGGGAAGAAAAAGUGA